AAACACGUGUGUAAUGAAAUCACACACUUAUUUUUCAAUCAUGGCGGACAGCGGGGCCGAAGAAGAGCUUACUCCAGCUUACGAUAUCGUAGUCACCAAGUACAAAACCAUCGGCGACAUUGUAAAUAAUGCACUGAAGAAAGUGGUUGAGAAGGCUGUUGCCGGGGAAACUGUGCGGUCGCUUUGUGAGCUUGGAGACAGCUUUAUCGUAGAGGAGACCAGCAAGAUAUUCAAGAAGAUCAAGGAUUUGAAGAAAGGUAUCGCAUUUCCCACCUGCCUGUCCAUCAAUAACUGCGUCUGCCAUUUCUCACCUCUCAGAAGUGAUCCUGACAUCACCUUAAAAGACGAUGAUGUCGUCAAGAUUGACAUGGGUGGGCACAUUGAUGGUUUCAUCGCGGUCGUCGCUCAGACGAUUGUCGUCGGUGCCUCAGCCGAUAACAAAGUAACAGGAAGGAAAGCCGAUGUCAUACAGGCGGCGCACACUUGCUCUGAAGCUGCCCUCAGAAAAAUCAAGCCAGGAGUACAGAAUUAUGACAUCACCAAGCUAUUCCAGACGAUUUCAGAGUCGUUUGAGUGCAAGCCAGUGCAGGGAAUGCUGUCCCAUCAACUGAAACAAAACACCAUCGAUGGGGAGAAAUCUAUCAUCCAAAACCCAACGGAUGAUCAAAGGAAAGACCACAAGGUCUCUGAGGUGGAAGUUCAUGAGGUGUAUGCCAUUGACGUCUUGGUCACGACCGGUGAAGGGAAAGUCAAGGAGAGAGAUACGCGUACCACCGUAUUCAAGAAGACUGACUCGGCCUAUAACCUCAAGAUGAAAGCAUCCAGGGUGCUCUUCAGUCAAGUGGAGAGCAAAUUCCAAUCCAUGCCUUUUACUCUCAGGGCUUUUGAGGAGGAAGGAAAAGCACGAAUGGGCGUGGUAGAGUGUGCCAGCCACAAAUUAUUGGAGCCCUACCCUGUCCUGUACGAGAAAGAAGGCGAGCUUGUGGCACAGUUUAAGUUCACCGUUCUGGUCAUGCCAACCGGUUCACUCAGGAUCACCCAAGGGGUUCACCACCCAGAGUUCUACAAGACUCAAUACUCUGUUAAAGACCCUGAAAUCAAGGCAUUGUUGCAGUUGUCAGCCAACCGCAAGGCAGCCAAGAAGAAGAGAAAGAAGGCUGCCAGCAAAGCGGCAGAUGCAGCUGAAGCAGUCGAAGACGCUGAGGCCCCGGAGCUCGUUGACGAGAGCAAGUGAACCAGUCGUCCUCCCCCUGCCCCCUCUCCUAGCUCCUCCCCCUUUGGGGACCUCUUUACAUAAUGCCCACACAUAACAGGAGAAGGACUACAGAGAUUAUGAAGACGGGGUGAGUGGUGAGUUUACGACAACAGGAGGAAUCGUGAGAAAGCAAAAAAUUUGGGAAGCGAACGGCUGUAACGUUUGGAAAAAAGGAUUCUUUUGGGGGGAUUAGGUGGGUACGAGAAAGUUUGGUUCCAGUUUUGGUGUCUCGAGGUACACUAGCGUCCCAGCUCAUUCUUAAAUGUGUUGCACUCUCCAGAGUGUUCAUUGAGGCAGUCUCACUCUUCAAUGUAACAAUGCCAGUGGGAUUUCCCCCCCCCCCCCGGAAUUUUACAUUCAUUCUAAGUGUGAACUGGCCAAAAUAGUUGACUCUCAAUGAUCACGUUGAUCUAAAAAGAAUACAAAUGAUUGUUUAGUAGCAAGUAUCUAUUUUUGGAGAGGAGCCAUAAUAGUUGUGGCAAAGUAAGCCUUGUUUACAAUUUGAGCAAAAUCGGGUCUGAGCAUUUUUUUGGGGGGGGAUUUGGAAUUGGCUCUGGCUUGGCAACUUUGGUUUGGCCUCUUAGGAGCAUUUACAGCGGUGCCAUUGAUGGCCACGGUAUGAGAUGAAAACUAUGUCAGAUUUAGUUUAUUGAAUAAGAACCCUACUAUUGUGAGUUGUAUGGAUUUCUGUUUUCCAACUUGUACAUGAGCAAGCAAAGUCUUUGCCCACUCAAAACAUCUAUCUACACCAAGUCGACUCUUUAGGAUGCUCUAACAUUCUUUUUGUUCAGUUUGGUCGUCAUAUUUGAAAGUUGUGGCUAUGGGUAGUGAUAAUACAUGGGCCUAUUGGAGCCACUGCCUAGAGGUUGUGGCUACUUCUUAUGGAUGUAUGUUACUUGUAGCCACAGCCAGUUUAUUCAAACAUGGGUGUACAGUGUUUGGUUUCUGUUGGCUGUUAAACAUCCAUUGAAUUACAGAUAUUUGAAUGUGGCGCCCUCUUGUGAUAUUUUGCUUUUUUCUUAACUAUUUUCCUUACACUCCAUAUCCUUUCAGCAGGAUCUGGGAAUGUUAGAAUUAAAGCGGCAGAUUUUAUAAUGGAGCUUGUUUUUCCCAAUUUAUCAGUUUGUCUUAAAAGGACAGAUGGAGAUUUCUGUUUGGAUCUUUUCAUUUAUCUUCGUUUAUUUACCUUCAGAAUCAGCUUGUGACUCCUUUUAAAAUAUGUUUGUGCAGCUUGCAAAAGCUUCCGUUUUUGACAUAUUUCUGGUGUGAAUUUGUGACCAAAUCAUGUGUGGAACUGAUUUUCAUGACUCAAGAAGUUAGAAUUACAAGGUUGAUUGAAUUCUUAACGGCCAUUUUUGUCUAAACCAUUGUGUAUCUUUGCCAUGAAUAUUCUGUUCUGAAGCAGUAUUUGUGACUGGAUUCAAACUGAUUCAGUUUUGUACCCCAUUUCGAGUGUAAAUUCAAGUUAGUAAUAUAAUGGAUGCGUAAUCCUCAUGUUAGCUAAUUUUAAUGUAGAAAUUAAUUUUUCUGAAAUGGCUGACCUCAAAGAAUUCCGAGGCAGUUUUCAUUCUGAGCCAAUUUGAAUUGACUGGAGUGAUUGUUGGUCAGAACCCAAUAAAUCUACCUCCAACUGUUGGAUUUGACUCACACCAACAAAUACAUAUAAAAAGGUCGCAAUUGGAAAUUGGAUUUAACUGGCAAUUAAACAAAAGGGCCACCAGCACAAAGUGCACUUCAUCCAAAAUACAAUGUAAAUUUCUUUUGACGUUAGCGUUCAGGUAAUGCCAGCCCUAUCCUAAAGACAGUCUCUAUCCACAAUGUCUAUGGGUCACCCUCAGAAACUGCAAAGCAGAUAGCUUUUGCAGCGUGGUCUGUUUGCUACCAGCAAUGAUUUCACAGUCCAUCCAUGACUGGUAGUCACAUUUUUAGCGGCUUAAAUUCCUGGUUUUCAGUUUCUUGGCCAAAAUACCUCGGAUGCUCUGACUGUAGUGGGGUUUCUUAAAUGUUCUCUUGAGACAGGUCAUAAUAAAGACAAAGAAUCUUUUCUUGAA